CGCGCCCCCCGCCCCGCUGCAUCCCGGGACUUGUAGUCCCGAAGGCGGCGGAGGCGCUCACUACAAGUCCCGCGAGGCCCAGGAGCGGCCGCGCGUGCGUGUGGACGCCGAGGCGCGCGGGCGGGGCCGGGCGGGAGGAGUAAAGAUGGCGGCGCGCGCGUCUCCGCCCUCUGCUCCCGGCUGAGGCGCUCUGAGGGGCGGCCGGACAACCCGAGCGGCCCGCGCGGCGUGGGGCGGGAGGGCGGCGGCGGCGGGCGCGAGCCAUGGCGGAGCUGGAGCACCUGGGCGGGAAGCGCGCCGAGUCGGCGCGGGCGCGGCGGGCCGAGCAGCUGCGGCGCUGGCGGGGCUCGCCCACGGAGCAGGAGCCCGCCGAGCCCCGGGGCGCCGGGCGGCGGCCGGGGGCGCGGCGCGGGAGCCCGCGGGUGCGCUUCGAGGACGGGGCUGUGUUCCUGGCCGCGUGCUCGAGCGGGGACACGGACGAGGUGCGGAGGCUGCUGGCGCGGGGCGCGGACGUGGACACGGUCAACGUGGACGGCCUGACCGCCCUGCACCAGGCCUGUAUUGAUGAAAAUUUGGACAUGGUGAAGUUUCUGGUGGAGAACAAAGCCAAUGUAAACCAGCAGGACAACGAGGGCUGGACCCCCCUUCAUGCAGCAGCUUCCUGUGGCUAUCUCAACAUAGCAGAGUAUUUCAUUAACCAUGGAGCUGAUGUGGGUAUUGUAAAUAGCGAAGGUGAAGUCCCCUCUGACCUUGCGGAAGAGCCUGCCAUGAAGGAUCUUCUUCUGGAGCAAGUGAAGAAGCAAGGUGUUGAUCUAGAGCAGUCAAGAAAAGAAGAGGAACAACAGAUGUUGCAGGAUGCCCGCCAGUGGCUCAACAGUGGGAAGAUAGAGGAUGUGAGGCAGGCUCGCUCGGGGGCCACAGCGCUCCAUGUGGCUGCUGCCAAGGGCUACUCUGAGGUCCUCAGACUUUUAAUUCAGGCUGGCUGUGAACUCAAUGUUCAGGAUCACGAUGGCUGGACUCCCCUCCAUGCUGCUGCACACUGGGGAGUGAAGGAGGCCUGCUCCAUCCUGGCGGAAGCACUCUGCGACAUGGAUGUCAGGAACAGACUGGGCCAGACACCAUUUGAUGUGGCUGAUGAGGGUCUUGUGGAGCACUUGGAGAUGCUCCAGAAGAAGCAGAAUGUGCUUCGAAGUGAAAAGGAGACACGGAAUAAGCUCAUUGAGUCCGACCUGAACAGCAAGUUGCAAAGUGGACUCUUCAAGAACAAAGAGAAGAUGCUCUAUGAGGAAGACACACCCAAAUCCCAAGAAGGGGAGGAAGAAAACAAAGAAUCCAGCAGCUCCAGCUCAGAGGAAGAGGAAGGUGAAGAUGAAGCUUCGGAGUCAGAAACUGAGAAGGAGGCAGUAGCAGAUAAAAAGCCAGAAGCCAUUGUCAACCAUUCCACCUCUGAAAGCAAGAGAAGUACCAUGGAGCAGACACCAGCACCUGCUCAGAAUACCUUCUGCGCCUCUUCAGCCAGGAGAUUCUCCUCCAGCCUUUUUAACAAGCCGGAAGAGCCCAAAGAUGAGUCUCCUUCUUCGUGGAGACUGGGCCUCAGGAAGACUGGCAGCCACAACACGCUGAGUGAGGUGGCCACUUCCAGGGAGGCCCUGAGGGACCGAGGCUCCUCCGUCUUCCGCUCGUCGUCCAGCCCUCGGGUCUCCGCUCUGCUGGACAAGGAUAAGGAGCGAGAAAACAGAAGCUAUCUUAGCUCGCUCGCGCCCCGAAGGCUCAGCAACACCAGUGACAUUGAGGAGAAGGAGAACAGAGAAUCAGCUGUCAAUCUAGUGAGGAGUGGUUCCUAUGCCCGGCAGCUGUGGAGGGAUGAAGCAAAGGGAAAUGACACGCCCCAGACAAUUGCUCCUUCCACCUACGUAUCAACCUACUUGAAAAGUGCGUCAUUUGCUAGAAGUAGUGACCCCACAAGUCCCUACAUUUCAGCCAGUCGCAAUUCAUCUCCUGCCACCUCACCCGUUACCAUUGCUUCAUCUACCUCUCGGGGCAGCAGGUGGCAGCCUGCCUCUUCCUGCCCUGCGCCAGUCAGUGCAGACACUUCUGCCUCCGCACACCAUGGCAGGACUCCUUACAAAUCCCAGGCUGACUCUACAGCAGAGAAAACAGCAGACAGCAUCUCUUCUAGCACCCCGCUCUGCGUGAUCACCAACCGCCCUCCACCCAGCACUGCCAAUGGGGUCACAACUGCCACCCUGCUCUCCACUCCUGGAACAGACUCCUCUGCAGAAGCCAGGGACAGGAGGAGGUCAUAUCUGACUCCUGUGCGCGAUGAAGAGGCAGAGUCUUUACGGAAAGCGCGCUCCAGACAAGCUCGACAGACUCGAAGGUCUACUCAAGGUGUAACCCUAACAGACCUGCAGGAAGCAGAGAGGACUUUCAGCCGGUCGAGGGCGGAGCGGCAAGCUCAGGAGCAGCCAGGCCAGAAGCCCCUGGGCACUGAAGGGCUUGAGGGGAGCACCAAGAAGCAUGAGCCCUCGGCAGUCCCAGGGAAGGAAGCUGGGGAGGGCCGGCAGCCCUGGGGCGGGAGUCUGGAUGAAGAGCCUGUCUAUCAUCGCCUGAGGUGUCCAGCUCAGCCAGACAAACCCACAACACCAGUGUCUCCUUCUGCAUCAAGACCCUCUCUCUACACCAGUUCCCAUCUGCUACGGACAAGUAGGUCUUCAGUCCCUGAUUCUGAGAGUUCAGAGACGACCACAAACACUGCAGUUGCAAAGGAAAUGGACAAAAAUGAGAGUGAAGAAGCAGAUUUGGACGACCAGUCUUCUAAUAGGCUGUCCGUCCGUGAGAGGAGGCGGCCCAAGGAGCGACGAAGAGGCACGGGCAUCAAUUUCUGGACAAAGGAUGAAGAUGAAACUGAUGUCUCUGAAGAGGUCAGAGCAGCGUGGCAUGAAAGACUUUCUAGGUUGGAGUCAGGAGGUAGCAACCCUACACCCAGUGAUUCUUACGGCGACCGGGCCUCAGCGAGAGCCCGCCGGGAGGCCCGCGAGGCCCGUCUAGCCAGCCUGACCAGCCGUGUGGAAGAGGACAGCAACAGGGACUACAAAAAACUCUACGAGAGUGCCCUGACCGAAAACCAGAAGCUGAAAACCAAACUUCAGGAGGCCCAGCUGGAGCUCGCAGACAUAAAGUCCAAGCUCGAGAAGAUGGCCCAGCAGAAACAGGAGAAGACCUCUGACCGAUCAUCAAUGCUGGAGGUGGAGAAACGGGAGAGGCGAGCCUUGGAGCGGAAAAUGUCAGAGAUGGAGGAAGAGAUGAAGAACCUCCACCAGCUAAAACAGAUUCAAACCUUGAAGCAGAUGAACGAGCAGCUGCAGGCUGAGAACAGGGCCCUGACCCGCGUGGUGGCCCGGCUCUCGGAGCCCGUCGAGUCCUCGGGAGCCCAGGAGCUCUAGUUCCUGCCCCUCUUCUCCACCUCACUUCCCUCCUCCGUCGCUCCAGGUGUUAACAGAACUGAAAUCCGACAACCAGAGGCUGAAAGAUGAAAAUGGUGCCCUCAUCAGAGUCAUCAGCAAACUGUCCAAGUAGACUGGGCUCCAGCUUUCAGGGGAAAAGGACGGCAUUCACUGCCCAGCCCUCCUCCAGCCACUGCCUUCCAGCCGAGAGAACUGGCUGUUCGGUGGAAGGACACCUGUCCCUGACCCUCCUCCAGUCACCUCCUCCACACUGUACAUUUUCUCUGCCCUCUCAAUGCCCCGUUCCUCCUACAUCCUCAGCCCCUCAGUUUAACGGCAGUUUUAACGGAAGCAUGAUUGUGAUCAUUCAAGCCGUCUGGAGAAGGCCUUGGGGAGUGCGCCAGGUCAGCUAUGGACCCCAGCGUCUACUGCUCAGCUACUUGUCCACGUUGGAUUGGGACCAGUGCCCCACAGCCUUUUACACCGACCCAGGCCCUCUGACGUAGGGAAAUCUAAUGCUGGCCACUCCAGGAUCCUGACGGGGAUGCCAAGAGAAACGGCAGCAUGUUGGAAUAACCACCAGACAGCCUCUGGAGCUGUGUGUCCACUGGAUUCCAAGGUGACAGCGACUCUGCAUUGAGGGUUUCUGCUAGUCCCCACCUCUCAGGAAUUGACUUUUCCCUAACUGCCCCCUGGUGUUACUGUGGUUUUUCCUGUCAACAACCCAGUAACAUCCCUGCCUGGUGUUACCCUACUCCUCCCCAUGCCGAGGCCUCUCCCCAGGGCUUCAUUUAUUCCUUUCCUUUCCAUCCUUUUAUUUUCCUUCUGCCUCCCCUCCACCCACCUCACCCUGUGGUCUGAAAGCUAGAACAGAGCACGCGACCUCAGUUGUCUUGGAGGUUACAGAAAAUCGUUUCUCCUGAGGCACUCUGGAGACAAGGAGAAUUGCCUUGGUGGUGGCACCACCAGCCCCUCCCUGAAAAGCCAGACCAUGGCCUACAUCGCACCCCGUUCUCAUGGCCCACUUGUUUGCCCACACAGUGAUUUUCUAAGAAAGUCCGGGCUCUGAACACCCCAUCCUGCCUCACCUCCCUUUGGCCUCAUUUUCCUCUCUUCACUCUGGCUGCUGCUCCUAAUGAGAAGUGAAGUCAUUGCAAGGAGGCAUGAGGGGGUGGGCAGAUGGAUGGGAGAUGGACCAGGGAGUGGAAGCAGGUUGGAAAGACGUGAAGUAAGGAGAGUAUCUGAGGACACUUACAACCUUGUGACAACGAAGAUGGCAGAUGACAGCCCAUUGUGCUGUGAAAAUGGUGGCAAAUUUGAUUAUUCCCGGUGGCUAGAUUUAGGGGAGAGACUUGUUUUCUUAGAAGCUAACAGGAGAAAUGACUUCUUAAUAGAGGUUUAAAGGGAUAAGAUACUCUCAACCCACUGAGGAGUCACGGCACCUUAGCGUGGCAAAGCCAGAGGCUGUUUGGUGCAGCUUUCAUCGUGUCACGGGGACCCCACUGCCCCAGCGUCCGCCCUGGUCAGGGAUCCUCUGGCAGCUGGGAGUUUAUUACUUGUGAGUCGAGCGGCUCUAACAACCAGAAGUUCUCCUGCUAUGAGUUGGGGUCUGACUGGAUUCUCAUCGUCCAGUGCCAACCCCCAGCAUGCAGCCCUUCACACACGUCCACUUGGUGACUCCCCGGUAUCCUGCUUCCAGCCGAUGUUUCCAGUCCUUUGAGAGAUUCCUCACUUGGCGCACUUUUCAUGCCUGUCACACCUUGGCCAUCUUCCUCUGCGCAAAAACAGCCUUUAAAAUAGCACGCCCAGACCUGGGCAGGUUGCCCCAGUGUCCGGCACAAAACUAAACUGCCAGUUCUUGACGAUGGCCUGUUAUUGGUAUGUAAAGUGUUUGCUUUUUAUAGGCGUUUUCUCCCUUGUUUGGUUUAUUUUGAGUGUGCAGGUCAUUUAAAUCUUCCUCCUUUUAGUGUUGCCAGUGAUCUUCAGGCUGGAGUGGUCCAUUCUCUUAACAUACAACACCUCUGUCCACUUUCUGUUUCUUUCCAGAAAAUGACAGUAUAGCUCUCUUGGCCGUCUGCCACAUCACAUGGUCUUUAAACCGGGAGCUAUAAUUCAGGAUCCCAAUUCCAGGAUAGGAAGUAUGUCUCCUCAGCGAAACCCCAUUUUUACAGUGUACAAAAUUCUCUCCUCCGUUUCCAACGAUUUUCCCGGAGAAGCUCCUCGAUUAGGAUUUUGUACUGUCUUGGGCCGACUGUGGAGCUCAGAUCUCAGGGAAUGCCAGCUUACAGUAAGAGGUCUCUAUCCUCCACCACAAGCAUUUCCUUCGUUCUAGGGAGGGGGGGUCAACACAAGGCGUUGACUGAUGGGUUCUCCUGGCACAUGCUGGGUGUUGGAGAAGGGAGGGGGCGGUUGCUGACUCUUUCUCAGGAAAAGUAAUCUAGGCACUUUCUCUUAUGCAAUUGAUUCUGUUAGGCGGAGAGACUGAAUUCUGGUCUCUGUCCAGAGAAUAAAACACCGUGUCUUCACACUGUGUUGACUGGAGCCCCAUGAGGUGACGGCUGUGGACCUGGCAGCCCGCUGUGCUCUCGGGCGCUGGCCUCUGCAGGUCUCCCCCCGGUGCUGUCGGUCUCCUCAGUGGCCAUCCCCCAGUCCCCACCUGCUGCUCAGGGGCUCAGCUGCAGGGAUGCUGCCUGUCCGGCCAGUACUUUGGGGCUCAGCUGUGUCACUUUGGAGUCUUUACGGGAAGUAGCAGAAUGAGGAAGACAAGGUUCCCAGUACAGCUUCACACGUCUGUUCUCAUUAACUUGGUAUUUUUCAAAACAAGCCCCACCUUUGGGAGGAGUGGUUGGGCAAUUCCAGAGAUUCUCUGGCUGAAGCUUUGCCACUCCACCUGCUUGUCUUUCGGGGGCUGCUCAUCCUUUUCCAGAGCGCUCUGGGGCAUGAAGACUCCAACCCCCCCGCGCAGGGGCUGUGCACACCUUGGGGUGUGGCCUCUAAGGAGUCUGAAGAGCAGACGUGCCCGGGCUCAUUCCUGCCCUCACUUCCCUGCUGGGCAGCCUCAGGCGACAUUCCUGGACACCCCCCCCCCCCCCACCUCUGUGUCUUUCUCUCCAGAUCUCUGUUUUGGAUCAUUUUACCCACUUCCCUGCCCUAAACAAAACAUGCGCUGAGCCUGGGGAUCCCACCUGUGUGUGUGGGCUGCUGACUGCUGCCCUCCCAGGGGCGUUUAGCGGAGCCAGAGUUGAGAGAAGCAGGAACUCUCAAAGCCAUGCAUCGGUUCCAUCUCUGGAUUUCUGGCCCGGGGCAGCCUCUCCUACCAGACACUGUCUCCUCUCAGAAAGGCCCAUGUUUCAGUCCAGGCCACUGACACAGAAGGGGGUCCUGAGGUGGGCACUAGGCAAGUCGAGGCGAGCAGAAGCAGCCUGGAGAAGAAAGAACUAUUUAAAUUGUCGCCAGUUAUUCAGCCUCCACGCUGCUUUGCACCUCAAAAGGGAAAGCCUCAAGGACUCAGCAGCUGCUGAGAGGAAGGGGGAUUCCUGGUUCCACCCACUGGUGAGCCCUGGUUCUGCUGGAGCUUCCCAAUGAGGUCACACUGCCUGGGUGCUGGUGUCCCUCCCUCCAAGGCGCUGUCGGGUGUUCAUGCCAGCACUGCAGCCAGCUCUAGACACAGUCAUCAGUCGAGGGUGGCCCCUGCCCAAUUCCAGGCCCACUUAGAGCCACAGGUCUUGGGCUCCAUACUGACUUUUAAGGCAGGUUUCGACCCCUCAAAGGAUGAGAGUCCUCUGACCAAAUAAGCAAGACAGCUUUGAAGGCAGAGUAAGCUGCGUGAAAGCAGACCUGGGAGGCCGACAUCUGGGUCCAGGGCCGGCGCUCAUCCUCGUCAGCCUGUGACCUUGGGAAGGGCACCUCCCGUCUGUGAAGCGAGGCUGGACUGGACAAUCCUGAAGAUCCCAUCUAGAUGCAGAAUUCUAUGAUUGAUUUGUUCCCAGGAAGAUCAGAACAUUUCUUAAACUCAGAAUCUUUGCUGUUUCUAACUUCAGAUUUUCUUGUUUUCUCCUGGAUUCACUGUUUAACGUCAGCAUGUCACGGAUGAGUCUCAUCCUUGCUGGAAAGGGAAUUUCAUAUUGAGGGUAACUGAAUGGUGUUGCAAUUGUCCUCUGUCCUGAUGGCUGGGGAAGAACAUUAAACCUGCAGAGGUGGAAACGGGAGCUCGCGGGCAGAUGGCUGGGAAGCAGCCUCUGGACAAACGGCUUAAUGGGAAACGGAGCUGCUGCUGCCUGGAUUCUCUCAGCUGCCUCUCCGCUGCCUCGGAUGUGGUCUCUGUGGCUCUCAGCACCCAGACGGCAGACCGACGGCACUGCUGUGUGGCUGCAGCGGGCUCCUGGUCUCAAACUCUGCCGGAGAGCAGCAAGAGGAUGUUCCUCUAUAAACUCCUCCACCUUAGUUCCACUGAGCUCCUGCCCGGGACUCGACUGGCAGAAGUGGGAGGUUCUGAUGCUGACCUUGAAGCGGGCCUGCAUGCAGUGAGUGUUUACACACCCCGAGUCCACACACCGUAUCUCGCAGAACAGCACUCAGUUCUCGCAGGACCAGGUGUGAAUGGAAGGAAAGCUCAGAGCCCUGAGGCGGAGGCGGCCUGCACGCUGUGGUGGGAGGAGGCAGAAGGCUGGGGCCCUGAACGUGGUGCGGGAUGGGCACUGCAGGCCCUGGGACGAGGGGGCUCAGGGCAAGGCAGAGCUGCACACAGGCAGUGAGUGCUGUCUCCCGGCGCCCGCAGCCCGCAGCCUCCGGCUGAGUGGAGAUGACAAUCAGCUUCCCUAAUGGGCAUUGACAGUGCUCGGAGCAGCAGGCCCUGUCGAGGACAGCUAUUGAUCACCUGCGUUCUGAUGAGAUUGGAAAAUGGAUCAACUUCAUUGCAGCCCAGGAACUGUCAUUGUCACAGCUGCUAGGGAAUGAGGUGGUCUCUGGGGGCCGAGAAAAGCCAAAUAGGAAAUCUUGACCAGCCCGCCAGCAGCUGCGUGGUAAAAGCAGAGGCCCUCCCUUCUCAGAGUUGUGGUUGAGGGUCAGAAUCGAACCUGGGAGUGGCUUGUAACCCAGGGUCCAGCAGCCCCUCCUUGGGAAGAACUGUAGGGAAUAAGCGGUGUGUCUAAAGACAGAACCCCUUGCUGAAUGUUCUGAUGGCACCUUAAAAGGUCUCACGGUUUGGGGAUUACUCCUGCCUCUAGCCUGUGUGCAUACGCAUGCACAUGAGCUAGCACGGAGCUUUCAACAUGAACUCUGGCGUAUGCCUGGUUAACCAGUUUUAUCCAAGUGGAUUAUCCUGUUAACUUAUAUCUUUUGCUUUUUGCCCUCCCUCCAGUCCCCUGAAAGACUCUGAGCCAUUCUCUAAUUCAUCUGCUUAUCAUUUUGGACUGUGAAUCUGCCAGAGUGAUGUUUUCCGUUAUUUCUCCAAAUUUUUCCCUAAUGCUUCCAGUAAACAUUUUCUUGGGUGGCCUUCAAGGUGAGUGAGUCAGGGUACUCUCAGUCCUUCCCCCCUCACCUCCCUCCACAUUCUUCCUCUUCUCACUCGGAACUGACGGUGCUUGGGGAGGAAGCUCUCCACGAACCAGCCGGAUUCCUGGAGGAGUUCCAGCCAGCACCACCACCCCCUCUUCCAGCUCCCGAGCUCCCUGGCUGUGCCGACCACCUCGGGGAUGAGGAUGGGCUGCCCCGUGGGCUGGCCGGCCCGGGAGACCAUGGGCAGCCCUGUCUGGCUUGCUCAGUCUUGUCCUGAGAGGCUUGACUGUUAGCUGGAGUCUGUCUCCUUGGACAGAAACCUGGACAGUGUGUGUUCACCUGGGGACAGCCGCUCGGCCCAUUGCUGCUUUGCAGGAGAGGAUGCAGGAAAGGCGCACAGACUGUGCAGAGGCUCUCAAAACCUCCACUGUCCCCACAAAACCAGAACUGGGGAUGAGCGCGGAUCCUGAACAAGGGGCAUACCAGGCCAGCACUUGCUGGACUCUGCCUGAGCAUCUCUGCCCUUGCCUUUUCUCCCCCACUCCCUGAACCGGGGGACAGAUCCCAGCUUGUCCUCUCGGGAGGAGAGGCCAGAUGGCGAGUGGUCAGAGGAAGGACACGAGGGGCUCAGGCACAGAACACUGGGAGGUCGGCUGCAGGGCUCAGAAUGGUUCUGGGAGCAGGCAGCAUCCACGAUCCCCUCUUGUAGCCAGCAUCCUGUGAGCCCUUGAAAGCCUGGGGCUACCACCUGCCAGCACCCCAAGUAGGGCCAUCAUCGCCCCAAAGAGGGAAGGCGAUGUUCACCUGGCCUUCCCGCCGGGGGGCGGGAGGUACAGCCCAUCCUCCCUGGCGGCUCAGACUCAGGCUGCAUGGUGUCCUCCUUUCUGUUCCCUCUGCCGUGACCUGGACCGCCAGGGGCAAAAAGCUCACGGAGCCAGCCAGGCCCCAGCGCUCCCGUUCCAGGGGUGGCAUUUGUGUCUUCUCCCGCCUCCGGCCUUCCUUCCACAGUUAGAGCAGUGGAUGUAAGUGGUCUCAGCUGAGGUGUGUGGAGCGACUUGGUCCGAUGUAAAUACACCUGGGCGGGGUGAGGGCGUUCAGGGAGGGGGCCGGAUUCGCUUUGUGAACUGAAUGUAUUUUUAUGCAAUUUUCAGUGGCCUUUCAACCCUGACAUGAAUGAUUUUGUUUUACUGGUUGUUAUUAUAUAGUAUUAAGUAUUCUGUGUUUGAAAGUUUGGGAAUAAUAAUAUUCACAUCUAUACGAUGCCUGUAAACACAACAGUAUUUAUAAAUGAGUAAAUAAAACGGUGUUUUAACUUUG